CUCAGUGCGUGUGCGCGCGUACGAGACAAGAUUGGGAACACAAGCUCUCCUGCUCGCCUCGCUGCUUGUUUCUACCCGUCCACUUCUUCCCACGACCAGCAAAGUUGUUAGAGAAAAAGGACAGAAGAAAGAUCCGCAGCUGUCAUCAUGGAAGUGACUAGAAGAUCUGGACGUGCGUCUUAUUUGGCCUGCACCUUGCUGCUCUGCGCACUGCAACUUUGCCGCGCGUUCGUGAGCGUGAACGUGGCCCCGAAAGUGGAAGUGCUGAAAGACGAGACCGCCAAGCUGCCCUGCACGCACACUGCGCCGGAGUCCUCCAGCAACACCGUGGUGGAGUGGCAGAUCGAGGAGCAGGGAAUGAGGAAGCGAGUAGCUUACCGCACCGUGGGCGGCGAGGCUAAAAGCGAGCAGGGCACCCCACUGAGCGGCCGGGUGAGCAUCGACGAGGACUUCACUCUGACCAUCACGUCGGUCAAACCCUCUGACGAGCUGGCCUUCAUCUGCCUGGUCACCGCCGGACCUGCUGGCGCUGGAGAAGCCCCCACUAAGCUCAAAGUCUUCUUUGCCCCUGAGAAGCCAGACCUCACACGCCCAUCCAGUCAAGCCAUUUCCGUGGGAGGGACCAUCAGCUCUGAGAUCGGUACCUGCGUGACAAUGAAUGGACACCCCCAGCCGAGGAUCAUCUGGUUCAAAGACGGCCAGCCGCUUCCUGAGGUCAAAGACAGGAAAGAAAAAACCUACAUGAUUCCCUCGGUGGUGAAGGAGGCGUCGGGUCUGUACACCAUCAAGAGCACCUUGUACAUGCAGCCCACUAAGGCCGACAAGGACUCGGUGUUCCAGUGCACGGUGGAGUACAGCAUGCUGGGGGACCAGAUCAAACAGACCAAGUCCGACUCCAUCACCAUCAACCUCAACUAUCCCUCGGAAACUGCGACCUUUACCCUCCUCAACACUCAUCCCGUCAAGGAGGGCGACAACGUCACCAUGAAGUGCGAGACCGACGGGAACCCUCAGCCGGAGUUUGACUUCACCAAAGAUGGUAAAAACGUGAACGGUGUUGGCGGGGUCCUGAUGUUGAAAUCCGCCAAGCGGACCGACGCCGGCGUGUACAAGUGCACGGCCUUCGAUUUCGACAACAUAGAGGCCGACCUCAGGGGAGAGAUCAACCUCAGCGUGCACUACAUUGAUCCCAUGAGUGUGACUCCGGCGGAGCCUCAGGUCGUCAUGCUCGGAGACAAGGUGGAGUGGCAGUGCAAGACCAAGGCCUCGGCCCCGCACACCGUGCAAUGGAAAAAGGGCUCCGAGGUCCUCUCUCAGGAUGGAACUCUCUCGAUACAGGACGUGUCCUACACUAAAGCCGGAGACUACAUGUGUGUCGGAGCCGUGCCGUCGGUGCCGAGACUGACAGCCCAGUCGAGCGUCACCCUCACUGUCAAAGGAAAGCCAAUGAUCGAGGCGCCUAUCGCCGGAGAAGUGUCCAAGGAAGGAGACAUGGUGACCCUCAGGUGCUCGGCCUACGGGUCCCCCGCCCCUCAGUUCACCUGGAAGCCCUCAGGAAAAGAGUCAGUGACGGUGGAAGGCAUCAAGGUGGUGAGCACCGUCAUCCUCCCGGCCACCGCCGACGUCAUGAAGGGCGGCGUGACCUGCCAGGUCGCCAACGAGCACGGGACAGACAGCAAGGCUUUCGUCGUGUCUCUCAAAAGAGCUUUUGACAACUCCGCCAACAGAGUGCUGCUCUCUGGAAACCCUGCGCUUAAGUCAGCCGACCAGCAGCAGGGCGGUUCCAGCGGGGUGGUGAUAGCCGUGGUGGUGUGUGUGCUGCUGCUUCUGCUGCUCGUGGCCCUCAUCUACUGCCUGAACAAGAGGAGCAAGCUGCCCUGCGGCAAGAAGGACAAGAUGGAAGUGGCCAGUGGAGAAGUGAACAAUGACAUUGUUGUGGAGAUGAAGACCGACAAGGCCCAUGAAGAAGCCGGGCUCCUCAACAAGAGGCCACCCUCAGAACAGUGAUGAAAGAAGACAAGACGGACGGGAUGAUUAUCUGGAAGGAGGUGGGGGGGGGACAUGUGCAGCUGGCUUUGAUUCAGGGGACUUCGGGGUGCUUUAUUUAAACCCCUGAAAAGACGCCUUUAACGAGCACACGUGUGACGUCACAAAUCAACCAAUCACACCUUUGGGGUGACUCCUUGGCAGAGGAAUGCGGUCACACACCUACCAAAAAAAAACUUUUUUCUAAUCUACCCCAAACACAAGUUCAGUCUGCUACUGGGGUGUGUCCUGCAAGUCUUCUGCCUGGCGAGUCUGCACUUAAAUCAUCUCUUUGGGGACAAAUCAUGUUUUUGUUUUUUUCUCACAACUUUUCAACUCACCUCUCUGGGCUUCUGAAAAAUCACAAAGUGAAAAUGGACAAAAGUACCGGGUCAGCCGCAGGUAGAUGAUGAAUACCUAACCUAAAAGCUUUAAAGGCCACUUUGGGAGUUUUGGGUUGGAGUUACUCCACAGCAAACGCCUCCAAUAUAGAUUUGUUCAUAAUGGCAUUAGAAAGAUGACAGGUUUUUUUUUCUAAGAUUUCUCUUGGUUGAUGAAUAAAUGGAUGCUGGGUGUUUGUCCCGAUACUUUUGUCCAGGCUAUAAUUAUUAUUGUAUGUGGCAAUCCAAAAAAAACAUUUUUUUACAACUUGGGGCACCCACAGUCCAUACCAUUCAUUACCCAGGGCGGCUUAAGGAUGCCAGGGCUAAUAUUAAUUACCGUAUUUCCUUGAAUUAGCGCCGGGGCGGUAAUUAAUUUAAAACCUCUUCUCACUCCGGCGCUUACCAAAGGCAUGCGGUAAAUUACGCUUAUAAAUUUGAGUGUGAUGUAAGGAUACCAUCAUGAAAAGCACAUUUAAUAAAAAAAAAAUGUUAUUAUGGUCUUACCUUUACUUAUAAAUGAAGUCCAUGCGCCGCUCCUUUUGAACAAAAGCAUCUUCCUUAUCUUUCUUCAGUUUCUCGAUGGAGAUCUUUCCUUUAAUUAUUACCUCCUGCUUCGAUUGAAAGUCCAGUUUAGAAAACUGUUGUUGUCACUUCUUCUGCAGCCGAGUAGUCGCAAGAAUGAUUCAUGGGAUCACUAUAGCGCCCUCUACCACCAUGAGGCGGGAGUCAUUUAAUGACUCAUAUUUGACACACGCAGCUAUAUUAAUAAAACAUUUUUACUGUUCUUUUUAGCAUAUUCAAUAGCUUGGACCUUAAAUCCUACUGAAUAGCUCUUUAUCUUCUUCCCUUUAUGCGAUUUUAAAUUAUUGAAAUUAGCCUCCUCCAUUUUGGAAAAUUACUAUUUUUACUAAUUAUUCUGCGAAACGAGUUUGACCCGGCAGUAAUUCUAAGCAUGCGCUAAUUAUUUUGCGAAACGAGUUUGACCCGGCGGUAAAACGAGGCAUGCGGAUAAUAUAUACUCGGCGGCAAUUCAAGGAAAUACGGUAAAUGUUAGUUUAAAGUGCUAACUUUUUUCGCUAAUUUUUUUUCCCCCCUCUAAUUCCCCAGCCAUACAUACACCUUACAGUCAUAUAACAUGCCAACUAUUAUCAAAACUCACGUUAGCUUGCAAGGAUGCUAACGUUAGCGUGCUAACUUUUUUAAGAUAGUUUUGCCACCGCUUACCCCCCAGCCAUACACCUUAGAGUCAUAUAACAUGCUAACUAUUAUCAAAACUCACGUUAGCGUUCAAGGAUGCUAACGUUAGCGUGCUAACUUUUUUAAGAUAGUUUUGCAACCACUUACCCCACAGCCAUACACUUUAGAGUCAUAUAACAUGCCAACUAUUAUCAAAACUCACGUUAGCUUGCAAGGAUGCUAACGUUAGCGUGCUAACUUUUUUAAGAUAGUUUUGCAACCGCUUACCCCCCAGCCAUACACCUUAGAGUCAUAUAACAUGCUAACUAUUAUCAAAACUCACGUUAGCUUGCAAGGAUGCUAGCGUUAGCGUGCUAACUUUUUUAAGAUAGUUUUGCAACCGCUUACCGCAGAGUCAUAUAACUCGGUAUGUGACACUCGGUAACUGUUAGCAUGCAAACGAUAGCAUGCUAACUUUUUCAUCUUUUUCAAAAAAAAAUAUAUAUUUCCGCAGCCAUACACCUUAGAGUCAUAUAACUUGGUGUAGGAAACAUGCUAGCUGUUAUCAUGCUAAGGUUAGCACACAUGCUAAAUGUUAGCAAUUUUACUUCCGCGGGGAUUUUUGUCUGUGCCAUGGACCUCUGGCCGUACUUUUAAGAUCCGAGAGUUUUAGGUGUAGCUGUACAAAAUGAGCUAGCUUAAAACGUUAGCAUGCUUACAUUCAAAUGCUAACAUGUAGCAUGUGUGGAAACGUUAGCACGAUAACAGUUAGGAAAUGGAUGGAUGGAUGGAUGGAAGUGUAGGUAUGCUCACUAGUUUAAAAUAUAUACAGCCAACAUCUCAGAGAUGAUUAAACAAAUAGUCGUACUUUACCCAUCUAUUUUCUACCGCUUGUCCCUUUCAGCUUUACCAUCAACAUUAAAACUUUUUUUUUUUUCCCCUUUUCAUUGUGGCCCUAAACCGCCUUGUUCACGUUCUCAUGUUUAAAUUAGAUGUUUUGAAAAUCCCGCAACUAAUACAUUUUUUCUAAACGACCCUGGUCAUUGACUAAACUGUGUAAUCACGUCAAACUUUUUUUCAACAAUUUUCAGCAUAAUUUU